CAGGAAGCAGCAGCAGCAGCCAGAGAGCGCUGAAGGAGAAGCGCCAUCAGCCGUCGCAUGACAAACUAACACAUUGACCUGUGAGCUCGCCACUGCAGGACUUAGAUCAUCAGCCAAGGUCGCCUGCCAGCAGCUAUGCGGCUCCGGUCCAAACUGCUCUCCAAGGGAGGACUGCUGCUGCCCACCAUCAGAGAGGGCACCGAGGAGACGCUGAGGGAACUGAAUGAGACCAACACGCCGCAUGCUGUGGAUCAAGACUACCUUCUUUCCAUCUGCCACCUGGCACACCCCACCUUCCCCACUGGCGAUGCCUCACCCCGCAACCAGCGCUCGCACGCUGUGUCACGCCUCGGCGGGACUAAAUCCUCCGAACGUACGCAGCGGGGAGAGCACAAUGGAGCGGACCCUCUGGAGUAUCUUUACGGACACCACGACAACCAGUCAGGAAGCGGGGCGGAAAACAUUCGUAGGCAACGUGACGUUGAGCGGGAGAGGCCCAGAGCCCGCAGCAUCCCCCGCACCGCAAGCCCAGGUCUCCCACGGCAACGCACCAGCAGCUGCCCGGAGCUACAGACAGACAUCAAGCUCCGCACCGUUCCGAGCAUCUCACCUGAACACAACAGGCCCGGAUUGGCGGGCGCGUUGGGAAGUGUGUCAGACGACAAAGGGGGACUGAGCCCCAUAAAGAGGCCAUCUGUGGUCUCCCAGUGGAUCUGUGACUGCAGGUCCGCUUGGAGGGAAGGACGCAUUCGAGCCUGCAUGCUCCCCGCUGUCACUGAGAUAUAGAACAUCUAAUGUUUCACCAAGUCAGGAUGGUGACACCGUAUAGACUGACAAUGAGUUCAACAACAAGGCGAUGGGGUGCCA